GUUGUUGCUUUUCAAGCCUCCCUGUUUGCUGUAAGAAUGGGGUUUCCAUAUGAAGAUUUAACAACCCAAAAAUCUCUUUCGGUGUAUUCGAAGUGGCUUAAUCAAAGCUGUCAGCCAAACUACUGGAAGAAUGUGGUACCAGACUCUUCAAAAUCCUGUGGACCAUACAAACGGCCUGAAAAAGUAACUUAUAAAGAAGAACAGAACAUCUCACAAAGAAGUGUUCAUAAUCAUGAUACUAUUGGUAUGGUUGUAAUCGGUGGGAGCGGAACCGUUGCUUCUGGGACAUCUACUAAUGGUGCAGGCCACAAAAUUCCAGGCCGUGUAGGAGAUUCUCCAAUAGCUGGAGCAGGAUCCUAUGCAGAUAGUACAGCCGGAGGAGCUGCAGCUACUGGGGAUGGUGACAUCAUGAUGCGCUUCUUACCCAGUUAUCAAGCUGUGGAGUAUAUGAGGAUGGGAACAGACCCAACGGUAGCCUGUCAGAAAGUUAUUUCCAGAAUCCAGAAGUAUGCUCCAAAGUUCUUUGGCGCUGUUAUAUGUGCCAAUACAACUGGAAGUUAUGGUGCUGCAUGUAAUAAAAUUCCAGGAUUCACUCAGUUUCACUUCAUGGUUUCUAGCCCUUUGCUAAGUCAGCCAACUGAGCAAGUAGUAGAUUGCAUUUAAUUUCUUUUGUCCUAUUGACAUCUAAACUUAGAGGAGGAAACUGCUAAGGUUCCCCAGGUGUUACUUUUUAAAAUGGUUGUUUAUUUUCACUGUUGCAUAAUCAUGUGAAUGAGUACAAAGGUAUGUUGAUGGUGCAGCUACUACUUCACUGUUUUUAAUAUAUUCUACUUUAUUAUGGCUUUGUGUAGUGCAACUAAGCUUAAUCUGUAAUUAUCUUGGCAACUUAUUUCUAAAUGAUU